AUGCAUGACCUCAUCAAUGAUUUGGCUCAAUCGGUUGCAGGUGAUACAUGCUUUAGAAUGGAAGAUAGAGUUGGGGGUCCUCGGAAUGGGGAUAUUUCAAAGAAGGCACGCCACUCAUCUUACUUGGGUAGCAAAUUUGAUGUUACUAAAAAGUUCAAGGUUUUUCCUAAACUCACAAGUUUACGUACAUUCUUACCUCUCAUGCUACCACAUUUUGGUGAAUGCUAUUUGACUCAUCAUGUUCCUCUUGAAUUGGUUCCAACGUUACGAUACUUAAGGGUGCUAUCUUUUAAUGGGUAUUGGAUGACUAAGCUAUCGGAUUCUAUCGGUGAUUUGAAGCAUCUGCGGUACUUUGACCUAUCCAAAACUAAAAUUAGAAACCUACCAGAAUCUAUAACCAGUCUCUACAACUUACAAACAUUGUUGUUGAAAGAUUGUACUCGUCUAAAGAAAUUACCGUUAAUGUUUCGGAAUCUAGUCAACCUGCGCCACCUCAAUAUUGAAGGUGCAAAUUCCUUGGAAGGAAUGCCUAUGCAAAUAGCUAAAUUAACUUCUCUUCAAACACUGUCGAAUCUAAUUCUGGGAAAAGACAAUUGCUCGGGGGUAAAGGAACUUGGGCCUUUGAAGCAUCUUAAAGGGACACUUCGCAUUUCAAGAUUAGAGAAUGUGAUCGAACCGAAGGAUGCAAAAGAUGCAAAAUUAAUUGAAAAGACUAACAUUACUGCGUUGUCAUUGGAAUGGAGUGAAGACAUUGAGGAGUCGAAAGACAGGACAAGUGAACGAGAGAUACUUAACGGGCUACGACCCGACAAUGAUUUGGAGGAGCUUGUUAUAAGGUACUAUGAUGGCACAAAAUUUCCAAUUUGGUUAACACCUCCUUUGUUUCCUCAUAUGGUGUUCUUGAGAAUAGAAAAUUGUUACAGGUGCACCGCGUUGCCCCCAUUUGGGCAACUGCCAUCACUCAAAAUUCUUUUGAUCAUGGGCUUGUCUAGCGUGAAGAAUGUGGGUCCCGAGUUUUGUGGAGAUGGUACGUUACAAAGUUUUAAAUCCUUGGAGACUCUGAGUUUCAAGAACAUGAAGGAGUUGGAGUACUGGAGUCCCUGUGAAGAACUCCCAAAACUGCGUGAACUUUCCCUUAUUCGGUGUCCCAAGCUAUUGGGAAAGUUACCAAACAUCCUUCCUUUACUAAACAAAGUUGAGAUAAAUGAUUGUGGGCAGUUGGUGGUUUCAGUUUCAAGCUUCCCAAAUCAAUGCAAAAUAGUACUUGAUAGAAACGAAGGGGUGGUGUGCAGAAAUAAGGUUACAUUCAAGUCAAUAGGAUCUGAUUCUGUUCAAACAAUCUCAGAACUCACUUGUAGAAUAGAAGGAUUUGAUGUGGAGGGGCUAGCAAAGUUAGAAAUUUUAAGUAUUGAAAGGUGGGAGGAGGUGAAGCAUUUGUGGUCAGAUGAUGUGGGAUCACUGCCACAACUCCCAUUUCUUCGGGUUUUAAGCAUACAGAAAUGCGACAAACUCGUAUCAUUGGUGGCGGAAGAUCAAGUAGAAGAGGGUCUCCAACUGGGUAUACCAUCCACGCUCCAAACAAUUUUGAUCGGGGAAUGCGAAUCCUUGAAAUCCUUACCAAAGGCAAUGAUGUACAACAGCACUUGUCUUGCGUAUAUUAGUAUCUCUGGAUGUGAUUCGCUAACUCAUUUUGCAAGAGGCCAGCUACCUCCAACUCUAAAGACGCUUCGAAUAAGCCGGUGCAAGAAUAUGCGGAAAUUAGUGGAGGAGAAGGAUGAUGAUGAUACCAACAGCAGUUGCAGUAGCAUCCCAUCUCUUUUUGACAAGUUGGAAAUUGAUAAUUGUCGAUCCCUCGAAUCCUUAACAUCGAGCGGAGAAUUACCUGCAACACUUCGAGUUCUUAGUAUUUACAAUUGUCCAAAGCUGGAGUCAGUAGCGAAGAAUUUUCAUCAUAAUUCGUAUCUUGAAAGCAUCAGUGUCUUCUGGUGUGAAAAUCUUAAAUUCUUGAACGAGGGUGGCUUUCUCCCUUCCAACCUGAGGAAACUUGAUAUUCUCUACUGUAAGAAAAUACUGGCACUGCCCAACAGCAUAUUCAACCUCACGUCUCUUGAAAUAUUGUAUAUACAGAAUUGUCCGGGCAUUCUAUCAUUUCCAGUAGAAGGUCUUCCCACAAACCUAACAAUACUUGAGAUCUCUAAUCUCAAAAUCACUGAAGCCUUGUUCGAUUGGGGGCUCCACAACCUCACUUUUCUUAAUCAACUUGAGAUUGGUGGAUGUCAGCAUCUGGUGUCCUUUCCAGAGAUGACGUUGCCCGCCUCUCUAACUAACCUCAUCAUCUCAGACUGCUCGAAUCUGGAAUGCCUGUCUUCCGAGGGCUUAAGAGAGCUCGCCUCUCUUAAAAGACUGUCUAUCUUUGACUGCGAGAAGCUCGCGUCCCUUCCAGAGGAUGGCCUGCCUCCCUCACUCCUAGAACUUCGUAUCUAUAAUUGCCAAAAGUUGAGGGCCUUUCCAAAGAAUGGCUUACCUCCCUCACUUCAGAGACUUCAUAUCAACAAAUGUCGUCUCUUGGAAGAACACUGCAAGAAAGAUCAGAGAGGAGAGUGGCGCAAGAUAGCUGACAUCCCUUGUGUUGAAAUUAAUCACAAAUACAUUUACGACACAGAAACGGAGGAAUAAAUCCAAAGAUAAGUUUGUUCUGGCUCUGAUCCAAAGGUCCUUUGAAUGUUGAAUGGUGGCAUUGGAGAGAUCUCGUCACUCCUAUUGCUUGCUGCGACUCUGGUUGACCUUCAAUUGCAUGGCAUGGCUAAAGAUGAAGAAGGGGAAGGAGUUCUGCCAAUAACUAUGAUUGGGAUUUUUCAAGACUGAUGCAAGCUGUUGCAACUUCCGAUUGCCAUCAGAAAAAUGGAUAAACCCAAAAUUGAGACCCAUGUUCACUGAGAUCAUGGCUGCUUUGAAGCUGUUGCAGAAGCCAAAUAACCGGUUCUCAAGUUCCCAGGCCAAGCAAAUCCACAUGCAUUGGCCGUCCGAAGGAUCUGGGAUCACAAAUUGCAGAAGAAGCAGGCUAGAAGAGCAAACUCCACCAUCAUACUCUCUGUCAUUGGACUGUAAAAAUAUGGGGCGAAGUUCUAGAUUGCCUUGGACAAGUCUGAGAAAGUGAAAGAAUGACAAAAGAAGUUGGGCUACAAGUGGAAAUAUAUGUGCUCCAGACAUGCCUAACCUGGUUCCAUUUCAAGGGCCGCCUUUGAAUUAGAUGUGUUGAUUAUACGAACAUUGUGGAAAUCCAGCACAAAAGCUUUCACCAUAUAUAUAUUCCUUUUCCAUUGAUUUCCUGGAUCUGCUGAAGUGCAUACUGGGGAACCCUUUAUUCUUUGCGUUGAAGGAGGACAACAUGAAGUUAGAAACCAAGCAGCAAUGGAUCGAUGCCAUUUCUCAUAGCAAAUAUUUGGCUCUAAUUCUCAGUGUGGUGGACCAUUAGAUUGCACUCUUCAAACCCCAUAAAUAUGCUGUCUUCACAAUGGCUGGAUCGUGGAUUCUUCUCUGCCUCAACAUACUCUUCUAAAAUUGCAGCAGCAAGUUGUUAAUGUUGGCAUGCCAAGUCUUUCUUUGUGCUUUAGCUAUUCAUAUCCACAUAAUCAUUGUCUGGCUAUAAGCGACACCUUCUCAUGGUAAUAUUUGUGGCUUUCCUAUUCCAUUCUAAAGGAUACACAAACUGGUUUUCCCACAAAUCUAACACCACUCGGGAUCUCUGAUCAGAAAAUUAGUGAUGCCUUGUUCGAGUGGGGCCUGGUUUGCCUCACUUCUUUUAAUGUACUUCAUAUUGGUGGAUGUCAAUAUUCGUAGCGGAAGACGUGAAUGACAAACAGAGUAAAGUAAAGCACGAAAAUAAAUUAAACGGAAGAGCUGUGUCUUUCCGAAGUGAUGCAACUUUAACUUGCCGCAAAAGCCUCUGGUUGAUGGGUUGCCACUCCAAGAAUUGUGUUGCAUCUGGUUGAUUAAAAUGUCAUGCACUCAAUCAAUUGUUUGCCUUUUUAAGAAGUUGACGUUCUUAAAUUAUUUGCCUUUUAAAUGACGAUAGUAGUGAAUGCUGUUUUUUUAGCAUGGACCUGCUCGAUGGGCAAAGAGGAAGAUAAGGCGCGGGGUUAUGAAGGCCAUGGUUUUGUUUA